AUGAAGAUAAAAGGUGCCUUUGUGUUCCUUUCCCUGGCAUUUUGCUGCUUCAUUUUAGGAGUCACCACUCAAGGUGGGAGUCAGCCUGGCUGCAGUACAUACAAAAAUCCAGAUGGAACCUGGAUAGGAGGCUGUCCAAGGAACUAUGCACCAGUCUGUGGAACAGACGGCAUCGCUUACAGCAAUGAAUGUUUGCUGUGUGAAAAAAUCUGGGAAACUGGAGUCCCCAUUGGCAUAAAGCACAAAGGAGAAUGUUAGCACAAUGGAUGAAUAAUGGAUGAAUUGGUGUAAAGCACAAACAGGAG